CGCCGAGAACGGCUCAGUCUCGAUUGUCAGCUUGUCGUGAAUGGUUUUUUAGCACAAGAGUCGCGGCUGCUCGACGGCAACCCAAACAGAUCGCGCGCAACUUAGAUUAACACAACACCUCAGCAGCAAUAAUAACAACAACAACAACAUAUGUAUAUAUAUAUAUAUAUAUAAAUAUAAUAUACUAUAUAACUCGCGACGCUUGUUGUGCGUGUGUAUAAGUGUGUGUGCCACUGUAUUUAACAUUUUGCAUAAAUCAUUUUGAAAGCGUGCGCUUCUGGUUCUAAAGCUGAUGCUGAUGCUGAUCGAUUCGAUUAUGCUAUAUGUAGGUUAGCCAGCAAGUUUGUUGCCUAAGUCUUUCGUAUAACAUGCACUGACGCAAAAAGUUCAAAACAAUUUACGUAAUACGGAACGUGAUUUGCUAGACGACAUAGACGACAGUCGGUGCGAGAUGUCUUUGGCCAACUUCUCGCUGCCUUUCGGCGGGCUUGCGCAGCCCUGGGGCGUUACGCUCGCCCCGCUACAUCCCAUCCAUCAGCUGGCCAGCAAUACAAACAAUUUGCUUUACUCGCCGGCUGAUCAUCAACAGCAGCACCAUCAGCAGCCGCAACAGCACACACAGCAGCAGCAGCAUCCAGAAUAUUACAAAAAUCAGCCAUACGGACCGCCAGCGCUGCAUCAGCAACAGCAGCAGCAGGAGAAUCCUAGUUAUCCAUAUGGCAGCAGACGCAAGCAAGGCACCGCCUACUUGCCGCCCACUGGCGCCUCGCGCAACUCUGUCUACCACAUACAACAGCAGCAGCAACAGCAUUCGGCGCAGUCGUCGAGCCAAGCUCAGCUGGAGACCAAUGAUAACAGCGUCUCAUUCCAGAGCAGCAGCAGCGCCGCGCAAAGCCAUAGCCAGAGCCAGAGCCAGCUGACGCAGUCGGCAGGCCGUGGCCCAGCUGAGGGCUCCUAUUCGCGCUAUCCAGGCCAGGCGCCCGCUGUCAAGCAGAAGCAGUACUACAACGUGCAUGGCACCGCCAGUGCCAGCGCCACCUUCAGCAAGAACAGCGGCAGCUUUAGUAUUACAGGCUUUGGCAAUAGGCAGCAGCAGCAGCAGCCGUCCAACGCGCAGCCACAGUCUCAGCAGCCGCCGAACUCGAAUCCUCAGCAACCACCGCCUCAGCCGGUGCAGCGUGGCAGGCAGCCUGACAAAACGGAAACACCUGCUGCCACAUAUGGCGUGGCGCCGCCUCCACCUGACAACUAUCCGGAACGUGCGCCUGGCUUUACGCGAGUUCAAGCCGGUCAGGGUUCCAGGACGCAGGUGCAUGCGGUGCUUGACUACGACGUGGAGGAGGGCGAGGAGGAGGAGGAGGAUGAGGACGGCGAUGAGAGCGAGUACUAUGAUGGCGAAACGCAGGAUAAAGAUAAAUCGCAUAAAAGCCCAAUGCCAACCGUGACACCCAUACAGGGUCCGAUCUUUUUGAAGAAUGGCAGCGUGCCGGUUGUGCCAUUAUUUUCCUAUCCCAAGUCGAACAAUGGCAGCUUCUUGCAGAUUCCGAUCUGGUGGACGGCGCUCUCCGUUGCGCUCGGCCUGGAUGUUCGAGGCGAUGUCAUCAAGGGCGUGCCCUGCAUCAAGCGUUAUCAUCAGCUGUUUUGCCCCACAGCAGGCAACAGCUAUCCCAUCGAUAAAAUUGAACGAUUCAUAGACGACAACAAGGCGCUGAUGCGUCGCAUGUACGGCGACUUCGAGAUGAAUAUGGAAGGUGGUGGUGGCGGUGGUUCAGGUGGGCAAGCCAAGGUGCGCAAGCGACGCUUCAUAGACGAGCCGGAUAUAUUCAUACCACCUGGCGCGUAUGCGGCUACAGCAGGUGAAGCCGGCGACAGUUACUUUGGCGAGCUGCGGAAGAAGCGGCAGGCAGCAGCUGGUGGCAAUCGGAAUCGAGGAGGCGCUGGAGGUGGGCCAGGUGGGGGUGGCACCAGUAGAGCCAAUAAUCUGCCCGGCAAUGCGAAUGGCAAUUCGGGCACAGGGCGACUCGAUGCAUGCGAAUCGAAAAUUGAAAUUGUGACGCCCUAUUGGGCCUCGAAUUCGGCCGGGAAAAUCAGAGCCAUUGUGAAUACGCAGCACUUCGAGCAGGCCAUACACCAGGAGGUGUGCAGCAACACCCAAACGUCACGCUGUGAGGGCGAAUGCGGCUGUGAGCAGAAAUAUAAAUGGCACCGUCUGUUGGCCUACGAUCCCGAUAACGAUUGCAAAGGCAUUUUUAUGGAUUGGUUCCUGUUUCCUUCAUGCUGUGUCUGCCGCUGCAAUCCCUAAAUCAUAUAUAGUAAAAGCUGAUGAUGAGAUGAAGAAGAAGAAGAAGAAGAGAUAGUGUUUCUUUUGUAGAAUGCCACUGAAUGUAUUUUAGUUGUUCUUAAGUAGAUCCUAAAACAAUUAAGUUACUCGUAGCGCUUAGUUUAAUGUUUAAAUUCUUUUUGUACGAGCCAUAUCCCAUCUAUAUAUCAUAUCGUAAUAUCCACCUACAGUCUCCAUUUUAUGUUGUUGUAUUUUAAAUUGUAAUUGUCAUUGACGAACGAUAAAUGAAUAAAAUUUAAAUUCGAAAUCAA